AUGUGUUCAAAAAUAACUAAAACUUCCAUAAUAUUGCAAAGUCUCUGCUAUACCUUAAAAAUCCCCUCCAGAAAAUAUACUAACAACCAAAUAGCACCCAAAUUUAAACUGCUAACAGAUAAAGAUCGUAUUUUUACAAAUCUCUAUGGUCGACAUGAUUGGCAUUUGAAUGCAGCCUUCUCACGAGGAGAUUGGUAUAAGACAAGAGAAAUUAUAGCCAAAGGACCAGAAUGGAUUGUUGAUGAACUAGAAAAUUCAGGUGUAAGAGGUCGUGGAGGAGCCUUUUUCCCAGUGGGUAAAAAAUUGAGAUAUAUGCAAAAGUUUAAAAUCACAACACCCAGAUAUGUAGUGGUAAAUGGAGCCGAAGGUGAACCUGGUACUUGUAAAGAUCGUGAGAUAAUGCGCCAUGAGCCCCAAAAGUUAAUCGAAGGGGCUCUGCUAGUAGGUCGUGCUAUUUCUGCUACAGCGGCUGUGAUAUUUGUAAGAGGCCGGUUUUACCAUGAAGCCUGCAAUCUCCAAAUGGCUCUUACGGAAGCGUAUCAAGCAGGUCUAGUGGGUCCAAAUGCUUGUGGUAGUGGUUUUAAUUUUGAUAUAUUUAUACAACGCGGUGGUGGCAAAUAUAUAUCGGGAGAAGAAACAGCUUUAUUAAAUUGUCUAAUGGGUGCAGAGGCUAGACCUCGCAGAAAACCACCAUAUCCCUCUGAAAAAGGUCUCUACGAUAAGCCAACAACUUUACUUAAUGUGGAAACUGUGGCGCUAAUACCCACGAUAUGUCGCAGAGGCAGCAAAUGGUUUUUAAGUCUGGGCUGUCCUCCCUAUAGUCCCGGCUCUAAAUUAUUCAAUAUAUCUGGUUGUGUUAAUAACCCCUGUACAGUGGAGGAACAUAUGGGAGUACCCCUUAAAAAAUUAAUCGAACAUCAUGCUGGUGGUGUAAGUGGAGGUUGGGACAACCUUUUAGCCGUAAUACCAGGAGGCUCCUCUACGCCCAUGCUGCCUAAAAAUCUCUGUAACAAUUUAACACUAGAUUGGAAAUCUCUGAAAGCAGUAAAUAGUUCUUUAGGCACUGGUGCUGUUAUAGUCAUCGAUAAAUCUUUUGACAUUUUCGAGGCCAUAAAACGUUUAUUAUUAUUUUACAAAAAAAGCUCUUGUCAUCAGUGUUCCCGAUGUCGUGGCCAAUCUGUUUGGGCCCAUGAAUAUUGUCAACAAUUUCAAAUGGGUAUUGGCCAGCGUCAGGAAAUCGAUUGGCUAUGGGAAAUCUCUAAAUGGGCUGCCGGUAAUACAAUAUGUUCUUUUUCAGAAGGUAAUGCCUCUGCGGUACAGGGUUUCCUAAGACAUUUUCGCGGCAAUAUAGAAAAAAGUUUACAGCGCAAUAAAAAGUCUUAAAUAUGGCAGCAAGUUUUAGUUGUCUUUAAUUAAUUUAAUUAAAUAUUUUAAUUUACACAAUUUACAGCAGUUAUAUAUUAUACGUUGUGUAUUUAUGAUUUUAGUUAAAGCCUUUUUUUUUCAAAUAAAACCCUUAAAUAUUAACAUACACGUACCACGUCCCUUAUCAGUGAUAAUGAUAAAAUAAUAAAAAUUAAAACUCAUUUGUUUUUGUAUAAAUAAAAAUUAAUAAAACAAAAUAAAUU